UCCGCGUUCACUUCCAUCAGCACGUAAACGUUGACAACAGUAUGCGCGUCGCACAUACGAGUCAUGCGCUGCCAGCGUUCCCCGUCUACUCUUCGGCAUUUCUGUCUCAGAACGAACUCGUAGUUGGUGGCGGUGGAGGAGCAACCAAGAGCGGAAUCAAAAAUAAACUGAAAUCAUUCAAGGUUGGAAAAGAUCGCUCUGCAGAACAACUGGAUGAGUUGGAACUUGCCAUUGGAGAAGAUGCUCCAAUGAGUAUGGCAACUGACGGAACGACUGUCGUGUGCGGUGUCAACAGUGCACCAGAGCUAUUGGAAAAGGGCGAAAAUGAGAAUUGUCGUGUUUUCAAGGUAGACGACGGAAAACUUUCCUUCCUUCGUACCCAAGGGACGCUGUCAGUAAAACCCGAUGAUUUGGACUACCAGAAAGUAACAGUACUAUCUCCCGAUGGCUACUUGCUGGCAGUUGCUGGACCAAACGACCUUUCGCUUUUGUUAUAUCCCUCUUUGAUGCCAGCUGCACAGUCUCUCAAAGUAGACAAGGAAAUUUACGAUGCCACUUUCACGAAGUCGACACUCAUUGUUGCUACUACAGCAGAGCUGCGAGUGUACACCUUACCCGAAACCAAAUCAGCCUCGCCUUCUAAGCCAAAGAAGAAAGGAAAACAAAAAGUAUCAACUUCAUUACCUUCACUCGUGUGCGAACGCGUUAUCGACAUCCCUUCAUCGCUUGGUGGUUCCUCUGGGAGCUCAUUUCGAGCAGCCAAGAUUCACCCAACACUUGGCACCAUCCUUUAUACUGUGGCGAACACGAUACCGAAUCGAAGUCGUGGAAAAUCCACUGCAAGGCAAGCUCAUGUGUUGAAAUGGAAUACAGAGAACUGGACGGUGGAGAAGAUAAGGAAGGUUGGAGAUAGGGGUAUAACUUGUUUUUCUGUCAGCCCUGAUGGAAAUUUACUUGGGUAUGGGUCCUCUGACCUUAGUGUUGGUUUAUUAGAUGCUGCAACUCUCAAUCCUGUCUCUACGAUCUUGAAAGCCCAUGAGUUUCCUCCAACAACACUUGCAUUCAAUACAGAUUCUAGUGUUUUAGUAUCUGGAAGCGCGGAUAACUCGAUACGAGUGAUAAAUCUCCCAGAUCAAGUCAGAGGAUCCAAUUGGGGCUUUUUUAUGCUCAUCAUUCUUACACUCAUCGUCCUCCUUCUGGCAUAUACAUAUCAAAGAUACAGCAACACAUUCGGGUGGUAGUAGACAGACGUAUCAUUAUGGAUAAACGUAUAUUUAUUGUAUUCUUUCGCAUCAAGU